AUGAACGUUCUCCACUUGUCACUCUUUGUAACAAUAAGUAAGCGUUCCGGAGGCAAUAAGCAAAAGUUUAGGUUGUGCGUUGCACUGUCCGCGGAAUGUGCCUUAUUUCUCCACCGUUCAGUGCAUUCCGAAUCCGAGUUUGAGUCAGGCACGAUGUCCUAGUGGCUACAGAUGUCGGCCGGCCAGGGAGGAGUUCUCGGCCACGGAUUUGUACUUUAUCUGUUGUGACUCUAGUGAUAUGCAAGUGGCUGAUUGUAGGUUGUUGAUUGUUUUUUGGUGUUAGGGAUGGUAUUAUAGAAAACGUAUUUUACUAGUCUUAAAUUGAAUUUUCAGCUAUGAAAUUUGAGAUUUUGUGGUAAAAAUGAAUUUUUUUAAAAUUUUGUUUUUUUUUGGUAGUGAAUAUAAUAUAAAACACCUUGAAAUCAGAUGUUGUUGUAGCUGUAUUAGGCUAAAAACUGGAACAUUUAUAGAACAAAAUUUGCUCUAUCUAUACCUAAAAUAUUUUUCAUUUUGAUUGCCGUUAAGUUGGUCAAAAAGUGCGUAGAACAAGCUGUGUCUCGACUCAAAAGACGUUCAUUGCUAGUUUUAGCUUUAUCUUUUAAAAAUUUAAAUUUACGUUUAAAAAAUAUGUAAAUUAAUUAAAUUAAUAAUAUAUUCUUCGUAUUUUACCUCCCAAAUUUUAGACUUUCUAGAAGCCCAAUUGUCUCCAGAAUACGUACCGCAAAUCCCAUUUACUCUGCUCCGGUCGAUAGUUCUACUAGAUCAGAAGAGCGGCCAAAGAGUGAUUGUUGAAGAGUUUGAUGGUGAGGUUUCUGGAGUCGAUCGUGUCCCAAAUGACACUGCCAGCUAUGAUCGACUGGAUUUUGUGCAAUUUGAGAGGGAAAUCGACCCGAAUGCUGGUCGAUUCUUGCAUUUUUUGUUGGCUAGAGGUAAAAUACGUGAAUGAUUUUUAUUUUGGUUUUUUUGGGGGAUAUGAUACAUGGUUUUGAUGUAAAAUACGAUAUUUUUUGUGUUCAGUACUUUUUUAAAUAUUUUUUUUGAAAAUUAAAAUUUCGAAAUUUAAAAUUUUUUUUAAAUUUCCGGUUAUCAUGGUUAAUAUUUUAGGCGUAGUAACGAGACCAACCCAGAUUCAGAUGUAUUAUGAUUACCCAAAUUUUGGUCAGGAAUGGAGUAACAUAACCGAGCUUGAUCAAAGGCUGCGACGGGGUUUUAUUGAGUAUACCACUAAUGAAACUGUACCUAAACAAGCUUUUUGUAAGUCUUACAGUAGGGUAUGGUAGGACAGAGAAUUGGGUAGGGUAGAGUAGGGUAGGGUAAUGUAGGGUAGGGUAAGGUAGGGUAGGGUAGGGUAGGGUAGGGCAGGGUAGGGUAGGGUAGGGUAGGGUAGGGUAGGGUAGGGUAGGGUAGGGUAGGGUAGGGUAGGGUAGGGUAGGGUAGGGUAGGGUAAGAUAGGGUAGGGUAGGGUAGGGUAGGGUAAGAUAGGGUAGGGUAGGGUACGGUACGGUAGGGUAAGGAUAUGAUAUGAUAAGAACGGCAGAAAAUAAUGUGGUAAAAGGAAUGGUAAAAUACGAUCAAACCAUUUUUUUUAGACCGCGACAUGUUUGUAGUACUAUCAUUUCGUACUGAGCAGCCUCUGGGAGCAUCUCGAGAUGCUGAGACCCAGCUUGAUAAAGUCUUGGAGACCACAAAUGGAGAUUUGAGUAGACUUUUAAGUCAUGAACACUUUGGCAGCCGGCUGGGAGCUCCAAUCGGUGGCUACUUUUUUCAUGUGAGUUUUGAAUGUUCUUAUCAGGUAUUAUCAGCGAUAAAAGUUUUAGCUGUAAAAACAACAAAAAAUUUUGAUUUUAUAGGACAAGGUUGGGUUACAGAAGCGCUAGGGUAAAGAAUGAGUAAAAUAGUGUAGCCAGAAAAGGGUAGGGUGAAAAAGGGUGUAAUAUUGUUAUUUUAGUUAACCAGCCGUGGAACGGUAUUCAAAUCUCUGCAAGACGAUAAUGAUAUUAACUUUGCUUUUAAUGCACAGUUAAACACUUUUGUAGCGAUGAUGGUACUUUUGCUGUUGUUAAUGUAA